AUGACCCGUAAUUACGAGGAGAAGCAGCACAGCACAGCACAGCACACAGCACCGCCCACAGCAUCUCCCACAGCCACAGCACAGCACACAGUACCGCCCACAGCAUCUCCCACAGCCACAGCACAGCACACAGCAUCUCCCACAGCCACAGCACAGCAGACAGCAUCUCACAGCAUUUCCCACAGCCACAGCACAGCACACAGCAUUUCCACAGUCACAGCACAGCACACAGCACCACCCACAGCACCGGAACAGCACAGUAUCUCCCACAGCAUAGCACAGAAACCAGUACAGCACAGCACAGCACAGCAUAACACACAGCACCACCCACAGCACCGGAACAGCAGCACAUUACAUCCAUAG